GACAGAGUGGGGGAGACAGCAGCCGGCUGCUCAGGCCUGCUCGCUCUCUGCUUUCUAUUUUCUCCUCUGUGUUUCUGCAGCUGCCGCCUGUCCGUCACUCAGUCGGUCAGUCAGUUUUCUGGCAGAAGGUCGGUGGGUAUUAAAGACUCCUCACUAGUCACCAGCAGUCAGCCAUGAAGCUUCAGCCUGCAGCACUGGGCGCUGUGUUCCUGCUCGCACUGCUCUCAUCCGAGUGCUGGGGCAGGAACGAGGAGGAGCGUCUCAUCAACUACCUGUUCAAAGAACGAGGGUACAACAAAGAGCUGCGUCCCGUCGAGAGUCAGCGGGACGCCGUCGACGUGUACCUCGCCCUCACGCUCUCCAACCUCAUCUCUCUGAAAGAAGUCGAUGAGACGCUGCUGACAAACGUAUGGAUAGAUCAUACGUGGACUGACUACCGGCUGUCGUGGAAUUCGACAGAGUUUGACGGCAUUGAGAUGCUUCGCCUGCCGUCCAGUAUGGUGUGGCUGCCAGAGAUUGUGCUGGAAAACAAUAACGAUGCCCAGUUCCAGGUGGCCUACUACAGUAACGUCCUGGUGGAUCCUACCGGUCUCUGCUACUGGUUGCCUCCCGCCAUCUUCCGCUCCUCCUGCUCCAUCAACGUCAACUACUUCCCCUUCGACUGGCAGAACUGCACGCUCAAAUUCACCUCUCUGACCUACAACGCCAGAGAGAUCAGGAUGCUGCUGAAGGAAGAGGCGGACGAAACCAGCAAAUGGACGGUGGAGUGGAUCAUCAUUGACCCUGCGAGCUUUACAGAGAACGGCGAGUGGGAGAUCAUCCACCGUCCGGCCAAGAGGAACACCUACAAACACAUUCCCAUGGAGAGCAACAAGCACCAGGACAUCACCUUCUACCUGGUCAUCAAACGCAAACCUCUCUUCUACAUCGUCAACAUCAUCAUCCCCUGCGUGCUCAUCUCCUUCCUGGCCUCGCUCGUCUACUACCUCCCCGCUGACAGUGGUGAGAAGAUGACCUUGUCCAUCUCUGUGCUCUUGGCUCAGUCUGUCUUCCUGCUGCUGAUCUCUCAAAGGCUGCCCGAGACGUCCAUGUCUGUACCGCUUAUCGUCAAGUAUUUAAUGUUCAUCAUGGUGCUGGUGACGGUGGUGGUGCUGAACUGUGUGGUCGUCCUCAACCUGCACUUCAGGACACCGAGCACUCACGUCAUGUCCGAGUGGACCAAGAAGUUCUUCCUCGAGCGGCUGCCCCGGAUCCUGCGUAUGUCCCGCCCCGCAGAGGCGGAGCCAUACUGGGACGGAGCGCUGCCGCGGCGAUCCAGCUCGGUGGGGUACAUCGCCACGGCGGAGGAGUACUACAGCGUCAAGUCCCGCAGCGAGCUGAUGUUUGAGAAACAGUCAGAGAGGCACGGACUGAUGACGCGAACCACACACGCCGCAGUGGUGAAGCCACAGGAAGAUGGAGGAGUGACGGAUCAGCUGUACGCUGAGAUCAAGCCGGCGGUGGACGGAGCGAACUACAUCAUCAAACACAUGCGCCAUAAGAACGACUACAACGAGGAGAAAGAUAACUGGAGUGGCAUCGCUCGCACGGUGGACCGUCUCUGUCUCUUCCUGGUUACCCCGGUGAUGACCUUCGGCACCAUCAUCAUCUUCCUGAUGGGAAUCUGUAACCACCCUCCACAUCUGCCCUUCAAAGGAGACCCACACGACUACAGAGAGGAAAACCCACGCCUGCUGUAACAGGGACACACACACACACACACACACAUUAAACUGUUGCGUCUUCCUUUUUUUUUGUUUGACAACUUUUCCAGGUUUGUAGCUGUGUGUGUUUUUUCUUAACUUAAAUUUGAAGUGG